GCUACUGCGAUAGAUUGUGUUGCGCGGUAUUGCGUGAUCCAAUUAAUGAUUUUUUGUUUAAUAUGGCUAAAGGUGAUAAAGAGUUAGAAAAACCAAUUGUGAACAAUGAGUUACCUAAUCCUGAGUGUCGUAGUACCGAUAAUGAAGACUCGGAGUCUACACAAGAUCAACCUUUGGAUAUCGGAGAGCAUUAUUUAGUGCGGCGUUCCGAUGAGUCAUGGCACCCGGCUGAGAUUAUACAGACGCGGUAUAACGCUUCGGAAUCUUGUUAUGAAUAUUAUGUUCAUUAUGUGGGCUACGAUCGGCGACUCGAUGAGUGGGUAUCCCGCCAUCGAGUUAUGUCUGAUAGAUUUGACGUGUGUGAAAAUUCUAAUAACAACAUAAACUCCGAUCAUUUACUCACCGACAAGUCCGGUCGAAAAAUAACACGCAAUCAGAAACGUAAACAUGAUGAGAUUAAUCAUGUCCAAAAGUCCUACGCGGAAAUGGAUCCAACAACAGCGGCAUUGGAAAAGGAACACGAAGCGAUUACCAAAGUCAAAUACAUCGAUAGGAUACAGAUCGGUAAAUACGAAAUAGACACUUGGUACUUCAGUCCUUACCCCGACGAGUAUGGUAAGCAAUCCAAGUUAUGGAUAUGCGAGUAUUGUCUCAAAUAUAUGCGAAUGGAAAAAACAUACAGAUAUCACUUAAGUGAAUGUACUGCGAGGCAACCGCAAGGAGGCGAAAUAUAUAGAAAAGGCACGAUUGCUAUAUUUGAGGCCGACGGCAAGGAACAUAAAACAUACUGUCAGAAUCUGUGUUUAUUGGCGAAACUAUUUCUUGACCAUAAAACCCUUUAUUUCGAUAUAGAACAGUUUUUAUUCUAUAUUCUAUGUGAAGUUGACAAACAUGGAGCACAUCUUGUGGGCUACUUUUCUAAAGAAAAAGAUUCACCGGAGGGCAACAAUGUUGCUUGUAUUUUAACACUUCCUCCCUACCAGAGGCAAGGGUAUGGAAAAUUGCUGAUUGCAUUUAGUUAUGAACUUUCAAGGUUGGAGCAAGUUGUUGGUAGUCCAGAAAAACCUCUGUCAGACUUGGGUAAGCUCAGUUACAGAUCAUACUGGUCUUAUGUACUUUUAGAGGUCCUAAGUGCGAGUCGUGGCACAUUGAGCAUCAAAGAUCUAAGUCAGAUGACUGGUAUAUCUCAGACGGAUAUUAUAUCAACCUUACAGUCAAUGAAUAUGGUGAAAUAUUGGAAAGGGCAGCAUGUUAUCUGUGUGACACCUAAGAUAGUUGCUGAACAAUUGGCUAGUUCACAUUUUAAGAAGCCUCGUUUAUCAGUUGACCCUUCAGCAUUAAGAUGGACACCUCCUAAUAAGCAAGGGCACUCUGCAAAAGCUAAGAAAUAGUAUAGGCUCACGGGCAGGGCUUAGAGAGUGCUUACAACAUCAUUCAUCAAAGGAUUUUCUCUAAGUGUAGGCCUGUUCGGAACAGAAUGGAUUAGUUUGAAUCUUUUGUCUUUAUGUGAUCAGACCUAUGUAUUUUAUGAGUAUACAUUAAGUGUAACAGUAGAUUAAACAAUGGCAUUUGUUGUUAAUAUUAUAAUUAAUCUUACCAUAUUAGAUGCCCCAGUAAACAAAACGGUUUUCCAGUUGAAUAGUAUUACUUAUAAAUUAAAUUUUAUGUAAAGUUAUUAUUAAAAACUUAAUUCAUAGACUCACAACUCAUAAUUAUAAAAAAAAAAUGCUAAAGGAAUAACAUUAUAUAAAAAUACAAAUGUUUUUUACAAAUUCUGUCAUAAAAUAAAGUUGAAGAAUUAAUUAUUGUAUCCUUUGUUAUGAGUAAUUGCUUGCUAGUAAAGAUUAAUCUUCAUACAAAAUGCUUAAAACAAUACAAGGGUUAAAAAAUGUUUAUAUUAAACGCACUAGUGUUUAUUUUUAAUGCUUGCUACCCUUCUAAUAUAUUCCCUUUGGAAUAUAAUUUAGAUUAUUUUGAAUUAUGAAAAUAAUUAACAUUUUAUCAUUGUCAUUGUUAUAUGUUCGACUUUAAGAAAAUCUGUGUACAUUUUGAGAUCUGUUCUGUAGUCAUUCAGUUCCUUUGUCUAAUGUUGAAAGUGAUAUUAUUUAUAAGUUUGAAAUUAGGUUUCUUAUUUAGGGUUCUUAGUUUUGUAUGUUUUAUGUAAAAUAAAUUUAGAUCUUAAGUUUCAAUUGUAUAUAGUUAUUUUGUAAGUUUAUUUGAUAAAAAAUGUGUAUGAUCUUUGUUUUAAGCACAAUACUGAAGUAUUAACAUGCUGACAUUUUUGUAUUGUUUGUGAACAAGUAUAAAUUUGAUUUCACAAAUAAAAUAGAUAUUUUAAAAGUAGCAUUAAAAAAUAAGAUGAUCAUACAAUGUAAUUUAAAUUUUUAGCUCAAGAAAAUUUUGUACAUUAUUCUGGCAACACAGUCACUUUUAAAAAUGCUUUAUCUAUUUAGUUUGUUUGUAGAAUUGGUUUCGUCGUUUAAAAUAGUCAUGUGUAUAAUUAUCUAAAUUAUAAAUAGCAGUUUUUAUGAUUAUUUUGUAAAUGGUCAUCUUAUUAACAAUUUGACCCCUGUCAGAUUGAGAAACGAAAGAUCUUCCCAUUGUAAUAUAAGAUUCUGUGAAUCAUCCUGUUUUCACUAUUUAUUUGUGAUUAUCCAUUAGGUGUAAGAGAAAAAUGUCAUUCGAAAAUAAACCUGGAACAGAAA